AUGGGGAAGUCCUGGAAGGAGACAAGGCUGAGGUUGUAUAAUGCUUAUUUCAAGCCAACGUUCACGACUAAACAAAAUAUUGAGAAUCGUCCGCCGGGAAUUGAUCGAGAACAUUGGAGAUGGUUCCUUGACUAUCGCGCCAAACCUGAAACGAAGGAGAAGUGCAAGAAAAAUGCGAAGAAUCGAUCAAAACAACAAUAUACCCACACUGGCGGUUCAAAAAGCUUUGCACGACGAAUCGAAGAAGAGUCGGAACAACAAGGGAGAAUAGUCGGAAGAGGGGAGUUAUGGAUCGCAGUGCACAAAAAAAAGGACGGCUCCUACAUGAAUGAUGAAGCAAGAGCAAUCGGUCUUACUUUAAGUGUGAUUGCUAAUUUGCCUGUUAUGUUUAUAGACUUUUUGAACUUCGACGAAAGAAUUGAGGAGAUUGAGCAACAGGAUGAGUCAUCUAGAGUGUUGUCUCAGAAUGAUUCCAUUGCUCAGGUUUUCGGAAAAGAGAAACCGGGUAGAGUACAUGGUGUGUGUUUUGGACCGACUCCUAGUCAACUCUUCGGUCCAAAUUCACAUGGGCUUGGCAACGGAGUCCAACAAGAGGAGACUCAGAGGAAGCUGCUUGAACUGGAGGCACAGCUGGAAGGCGAGAAGUUGAAGAGGAAGGCGAUGGAGGAUGAGACAGCAGCAGAUAAGAAAAAGAUGAAGGCGAUGGAGAGUGCUCUAAUUUAUCUGUUUCAACGGCAGGGUGAGGAGCUGCCACCAGACAUCGCUGCAGGGAUGAGUUUUGUGGGAUGA